ACUUGCUUAACCUAGAUCUGAUUUGUUUUCGCUCUUCAUCAUGCUCGGAACCUGAUGGGACGAGUUUGCGAGAAUCCAUCAGUGUGAUAGACUUUGAAGAAAUCCACUGGUUCUUUGUAACUCUGUGGUUUAAGUCACUAAUAGAUUUCAUUGCUGUUUCCACAACUGUUUGUAUAUCUUUCCAAGCAACAUCUGGGUCAGCCUCGUUUUCAGAACUACCUAAUCGUGACCUCAGUUGUUCCUGGAACCUACUUUUGGUUUUCUCGUUACUCAAUUCAGUUCUAACGGGUCUUUUUAAUGUGGCUUUUUUGCGUCCAGUGAGGCGCAAGCAGAUGCGUGCCCGUAUUAGGGCAUGGUCGGAGUCCAAGCAGGUACCCCAGAAUGAGCGACAAUCUUCUACCGACCCUCUUCAACGAUGACUGAUGGCAAUAUGGUCUAUUUGAGUCCAUCGUUGGUUUGGUGUAGGGGGUCGCCAUGUUAGACGAUGUCUCUCCUUAUGCUUAAAAUCUGUGUUUGCUAAAAAUAAACGAUUGUCUGAGCACAGCUGCAGCAGACGAUCACCAUUAUCUGUUCGCUGUGUCGGAAUACUAAAAUAUCCACCUAAAUGCCUUUCUGUUUGGUUUAAGCUACCUAUCUGAGCAUUAAAAUCACCUGCUACGAGUACUAUGUCUGAGCGUUUAGCUUUCUGAAGAAGUUCAGAAAGCUUUCUGUAAAAUUCAUCUUUCACUUCAUCUGAGCUGCAGUCAGUGGGAGCGUAGACAGAAACGACAAAAAGGCAACGACGUGUGUCCCUAUCCUUCCGAGUUCUUACGUAGCCGUUCAGCCGAACAGCACAUAGACGACUGUUGACGGGGAUCCACUCUAGCAGUGCUUGUUCGGCCCUCAUGCUUAGUGCUAUGCCUACACCUGCCAGUCCACGAGAACUGGCCAUCGGGUCACCAGAUACACGGAGGGUGUAUCUCGUUGGCUCUCCGUUUUGCCGAGGUGAGGUCAAGUGAAUGACCACACUGGGAUCCUGUAUGCGUGUUUCAGAGACACAGCACACAUCAAUGGAAAGAGACUCUAGGGUUUUAGCCAAGGAAGCCUGCUGACCGAUUUGACAUAGAGUGCGUACGUUGAAAGCUCCAAUGUGUAGUUUGGAGCGAGGUUUCAGUAGACCUGGGACAGAGUUUUGAGCACUAGAAUCGUUGGCUAUGGUGACACUUGAGGAGGAAGCCGAAGGAGGAAGUUUAGGGUUGAAAGUCGAUGUAGGAGGAAUAAUAAGGAUUGAAGAGGAAGGUUGAUUAUGAAUACAGUGGUCUUGGGUGCUGUUAGAGGUAUGAGGGCGGUUAUCACUUCCCGGUUGCCCACACCGUGGAAGGGUUCUUCUGGAGGUACCUGAAAAGGAAAUUGGAUUAGAGGUGGUCUCAGUGACCUGAGAGCGUGACCGCAGUGCCCAAGGGACAACUGCUUGAGGCCGGUCGCGCACAGCCUUUUUGUGGGAGGUUUUCGACGUGUUAGCUCCGUUCUUCAAAGGGCCUUACCGCCGGAGACGGAAAUCCGUGAGGUAAGGUGUGCAUUUUUAGGGUCGACCUUUUCUAACCCCACCCCUCCUUGUGGGAAGGCAGCAUCGCUGUCAUGCUGGUUGUCUGAAGGAAACACCUUACUGCUGUCACACCUCUGUACAGUCAGCAGUACGACUUCGCCUUCGGACCUUGGGUUUGUUGCUUUUAGUCUUACCGCUCUUCAACCGACCUGUCUGACAUGGUAGGACCUUGAGGAACGGUUGUUCCAGCCAGUAUAGCUCGGUUGCUUCAUCACGAUAGGCAAGCCCGACCACCACGUCAAGGUAGCAACAACGGUCGGGAUUUGUUUGGUUAUGUAUAUUCAGUUUAUGUCAUCAUCUUCUGCCCUUAUUCGGCUGUUGUUAAAGUUAAUUCCUCACUUUGAAUCGAAAAUAUGACUCGUUGACUAUGUACUUCUCAACAGGCUAAUCUUCUUGGUACCACUAUAUAUCUACUCGGAAAUAUUAAGAAGCCGGAAUAUUAUUUGUUGGGGAAAGCUGCAUUGUUGAUAACUAAUUACAUCCACAAUAAUAGAUAAAGAUUGGGAUGCAGGUAUGGGUUGAGUCAAACUGACACGUAUCUAUAGUGGAUCAGAUGUCCAAAUUACAGUGGGUAGGUUAUUAACAUAUAACAGGCAGUUCUUGGCCUUUAUUAUGUGACCUGGGAAAAUAGAUCGUACAAAUAAUUUGAUAAGGGCUUAUCAAAUAAGCUCAUUUUCAAAACACUGGCAUUUUUUAACAUCUAUGUUCAACAAUGUAACGCUAACAAGAGAUUUUUUUAUAAAUAAGUAGUAAGCGUUAAAUUGAGAUGACACGUAUGUAUCGAAAUGUUUUUUAUAUAAUGCUAUUAUUUAUUAUUAUUUAAACACAUAAACAUUGGUACAAGGAGGCACCAAAUAGAUAUGUGCCACGUAAAUCAUCCGAUUUGUGUAAGGGUUGGGAUACUUCCCGGUUGCUCAAACCGAAGCAGGUGGUUCUCUUAGGGGGCCACAUCACGAGCCUUUGACCUAAAGAUCUAAUCCACAAGGCAGUGGUGAAACGUCAGGAGAUUCAGCCCCAUGGUAGCCGGUGACCAAUAAUUGGUUCAUACGCCAUUUAUUCCCUCAGGAUCCUGAGCCUAUGUGCACCAUUGGUUUGGAAUCAGGGUUUUCCAACUUCCCUAUAUGGAUCCACCAAUCUGGUUAAGGCACCGGACGUCCGCUUUUCGUCCUCUCAAAUUUGCAGACAACAGUGAUGCCGCAAGAGGGCAAUGAGUAGGACUUCCCUGGCAGUGGUUGCAUGCACGUGGCCAUGUGAGAGCAUUUCGAGAGGGAGAGCUGACUCUCCCCAUUCUCGGCCGUACCAGGGCAUUUGGAUUACUGAUUAAUUAAUAGCAUUUUCCUGCGUUAUGUUCCAAAAAUUUAAGGGGCUUUAUAUAUAUAAUGUACAUGUGAAUAUUAAUACUCUGAAUAUCGGAAAUACGUACAUCCUUAACGUAUCAAAAAAUGUGUCACGUUUAAAUGUAAAGAUAAUAAAAAUCUGUGGGGAGAACUGCGAAGAUUAAUAAAAAUAGUGGUAAUAAUAUGAAAAGUACCUAACAGCUGAUCGUUACUUUCGGUGAAAGCCGGUUUGACUCAGUCAACCCUAAUUGCAUGCGUUUUUCCAGCCUUUUCUACCAUAAAAGUUUUGUCGUUUCCUUAAACGGGUCAUUGUACGGGACACUGUACAUUGUCUCUUGAUAAAUACAUGGGCAAUUUUGCCAAGUGGUUGUCGGAGGCGUUAUUCUUGAAUCACAAAUGUGCUGCUUUAGACGGUUAUAUCAGUUGGGACACUUACCUAAAGCGAAAAUUUCUCUGGGUAGACGUAGAAUAGUUCCACGAACCAUCCGAUAGAAAAUCAUAUGAUAGAGCGGUUACAUGGGGAACUAAGAACCUCUCUCACAGCUGUCUUGACAAUACUGAUCGGGCCAAUAGACUUCCUCUAGUCAUGUUGGGCUUAAGAAUAACAAUUAGUCAAGAUAUUGGGUGUUGUCCAGCGGAACUGUUUUUUGGAACUACUUUACAUCUAACCAAGAGGCUUGUGUCUUAUUUUGAUGUAGUGGUUUGUCCAGCUGUUCACGUAAAAUGUAUUUACAAUAAUUUCAAAACCGAUAAUUUACAGCAAAAUGCCUAAAAAGAAGACUGGACAAAGGAAGAAAGCUGAAAAAGCUAAGAUAAGACAAAAAUUACUCCGGAAAAAAGGACUAGAAAUAGAUCUUAUCAACCAUCCUUCGAACAUAUUGAUGGAGUGUGGCCAGUGUGGGAAGCAUCAGAAAAACCGAGCAUUUUGUUAUUUUUGCCAGUCUAUCCAAAGACUCCCAGUGUGUUGUCAUUGUGGUAAACAAAAGUGUUCUGCACGUUCUGGCGAUUGUCUAGUUAAACAUGGUUCUACACAUGUUACUGGACUCAGUAUGGUGGGAGCGGUUUGCGACUUUUGUGAAGCUUGGAUAUGUCAUGGGGAGAAGUGUUUAUCUGUACAUGCAUGUGAAUGUCCACUGAGAGACGCUGUUUGUGUUGAAUGUGAGCGCGGGUUAUACAGUUUUGGUGGUCGGGUGUUUUCUUGCGCCUAUUGUGACCACAAGCUUUGUGAGGAUGACCAGUUUGAGCACCAGGCAAGCUGUCAACGUUUAGAAAGUGAGAACUUUAAAUGUGCUUCAUGUAACAAAAUGGGAACACAAAUGUGUCUCCGUUGUAAAGUUACAUAUUGUGACGAUCACUGCAAGAGAAAAGGUGUGAAGUAUGAACGUGGAAGGCCUAUUCCUUGUCCGAAAUGCGGACAUGAUUUAACUGAUAGUUAUAAUUUGAGCGUAUCAGUUCGCAGCUACGAGUAUGGUCGCCAGACAUGUGUAGAAAACUACUCUGAUGAAGACACUGAGAGCGAGAACGAAGAGGAACAGUGUUCUGGAAAAUCAGAAGAUGAACAUGAUGACGAUGAUUAUAAUUUGUUAGAUAAAUUAACCAUUAGAAAUUAA